AUGGAGACGGCCCCAGGAGAUAUACCAAUGGGAGUAGAUUCAGACGAUGCUGCAGAAGAUGUUGCUGAUCACCAAGAGAAUCUCGGCCCUGAUCCAGCUCUCGUGGCCUUACUCGAGGGCUUUAAGGGGCCCAACACUUCGGUCCAGGUCCUGACCACUGACGGUAGCAGCCUACCAGUUAUGGAUGUCGAGGGCGCCAAAGCCAGUCUCAUAUUUAUCCCUGACCCUAUAGAGAAGGAGAAGGUCAUGGACUUCACCAAUAUCCGGCUUGCGUGCCCAAUACCAGCCGAACAAAUCCAAAAUCGCUGGCUCAAUAGCAUGGUCCCAAUCCCCGGCCAUGUGAUGCAGACUCGCCCCAAUAACAUCACGUUUUUACUCCAUCAGAUGCUCAAAUCGUAUGCUGGUACCGCCAUUCGGGGCCGUGGAAUCCUGCCAUUCGUCCAUCCGUUACAGACCGCCGAUCCGUCACAGACUGCCGAUGAUGGUUGGUGUGAGCCAUUGUCGACCUGUCUAUCAACUGUUCGGGUCCUCGAUAACCCGAUCCUUGGUCCCGACCAACGCACGGCAGACCUCAUCAGGGAGAAGAUGUGUACAAUCCAAAACGAGUACCUCAGUUGCAAGGACGAGAUGAAGGUCUUGGCUGCCUUCCAGGCCUACCUGACUUACACGCUCACACUAUUCUUUUACGUGAAUCAGGAUCGCGACGACUAUCUUGCCAAAGCGAUGGCUAUCCUCCAAGCACUAGCACGCCGCGUCACAAUGCAAGGCCUCGUGACCCCAACGAGGGCGCCAAAUUGUCGUCAUAUUUGGGAAGAGUGGGUGGCUGGAGAAGCGAAGCGUCGGACCAUAUUGGUCAUGUAUCUGUUCGACGCUCUGCUGGCCGUGAGAGACAGACUCCCAAUCUACUCAAUGGUAGAGCUGCAGAACCUGCCCGCUCCAGGCCCAAAGUCUCUCUGGCAGGAGACGGUCCGAAGUGACUGGAAAACUGCGUAUACUGCAUACGAGACUCAUUGGGACAAUGGUUCAUAUCUUCGCAUAAUCGAGCUGUGGCCUUCGUCGCCAACCUUUAGCAGAGAUGAUGCCGAAACGCGCCGGAACCGCGUUGAUCUCUGGCUCGAGGACAUCGAUGAGUUUGGGACUUUUUUUUAUGCCUAUAUGGCUUCUGCCCAGACUGUUUGUAUCUAG